AUCAAACGCUUAGACUGCAUAGAAAUGAACUUGCUACGUUCGAUAUUUGUAUUAACAUCAGUUACAGUAGUAUUAAGUAAACAGCUUCGAUUUGACAACUACCGAGUGUACGAAGCAUCUAUUGAAAAUGCUGAGCAACUGCAGGUUCUGCAGUACUUGGAACGGUUUCCGGAUGGGUAUUCCUUUUGGGAAUUUCCGGCGAAAGUGGGUAUGAAGGUAAGAAUUAUGGUUCCACCACAUAAGAUUGCUGAUUUCGAAGCUUUGGGUGCACGGCUGGAAAUGACGUCUACAGUAAAAAUUGCAAACGUUCAAAAAUUGAUCGACAAUGAAAGACCUCUUCGAACAAAGCGCGUUGGUUUUGGUUGGGAUGACUAUCACACGUUGGAUGAAAUGUACGAAUGGAUUGAUAGCUUAGUAGCUCAAUACGAAAAUGUGCUUUCCGUGGAAUUGGUUGGUCACUCGUACGAAGGUCGUGAAGUAAGAGCUGUCAAGUUGUCGCAUAAGGUUGGAAACCCAGGAAUUUUCCUAGAGUCAAACAUACAUGCCCGUGAAUGGAUUACCUCUGCCACCACUACCUGGAUAUUGAAUGAACUGUUGACUUCAACUGAUCCGCAAGUGAUGGAACUCGCUCAGAACUAUGACUGGUACAUUCUACCUGUAGUCAAUCCGGAUGGGCUCAAUUAUACCAAGGAAGUGAACAGAAUGUGGAGAAAAACUCGCUAUCCACAUAACAUAUUGUGCUAUGGCGUGGAUAUGAAUAGAAAUUUUCCCUAUCACUGGAUGGAUGGUGGAUCAACAAUAAAUCCCUGUUCGGAUGUCUUUGCUGGACCCGAGCCGGCAUCUGAGAUAGAGACAAGAAAUAUUUUGGAAUACUUUACCAAGUAUAAAGAUCAAAUCCAUUUUUAUCUUUCGUUCCACUCCUACGGUCAAUUGAUUCUAUUGCCGUUUGGAUAUGAAAACGCAGAGAAAGUGGACAAUUUCUAUGAUUGGAUGGAAAUGGCGGAGGCCGCGGCCAUUGCACUAUACAAAAGAAGUGGCACACAAUACACGUUCGGGAAUACUGCUGAAGUUCUGUACAUUGCAUCUGGUUCAACCAUAGAUUGGGCAUUGGGAGAACAUAACGUGCCGAUUGCAGCGGCGUACGAGUUCCGUGAUCAGGGAAACUAUGAAUUUCUCCUUCCUGCAGAUCAGAUAAUUCCAAACUCGGAGGAAGUUUUAGAUUCAUUGGUUGCUUUUCUGAGCAAAGCACGAGAUUUGGGAUACUUUAUUGUUUGAUGAGGUCGAAUUUCGAAAUUCUACAUACGCGGAAUACGGAUUUUAUGCAGUUAACGUCUUUAAAAAUAUUGCUAUCCGAGAAUUGAAGUCUUACAGUUUUGGUGUCUAGGGAAUAAGUAUAAUGAAGUGUAUGAUCUUAAAGUAUCAAAUCCAUGAUUACUUUAAAAUGUGUGCGCUACUUUGGUGAUUACAUUGCCUUAGGGAGCAAUUUAGCACAUUGCUGGUUUGCUUAGCUGAAAACAAGGCUAGAUUGCAGUAUGUCAGCAGUGUAUCAGCAAACAGAACAUUUUCACUUGUAUCGAUUUCUAACGUUUAUUAUGUUCACAAGAAGUGUUUCCAAUUUUGAACUAGUGUCAACAUGAUGUCUCAGUCAAAUGUCAAGAUUCUAAAAAGACGAAUUCGAAACGAAAAAUUCUUGACUUAGUUAGGUUUUGUGUUUUUCAUUAGGUGGUUUUCAGUCAUUUGUUUCUUUAGUGAGCGAUUAAGGUUUCUGUUACCCAGGCCCGCAGCGCGCGGUUGACCGCGUUGGCCUUCGCCAUGGACGCCAAGCUUAGGGGGCGUUGAAGUCGUGAUCUAUUUUAUAAAAUAAGUGAGGGUAAAUCAUAAAAUAAGUCGUGAUAGGAGCGCUAUUUGUAAGUUCACCCUAUAUUGUUGUUUGA